GAAGGCUUUAAAUCAUGAACUUUCUAAACUUUUCAGUGAGAUGUGGGAUAUGGAUGUUAACCGCCUUAUGCCUGGGAAAGACUACACAAUUGAUUUGCAGGGAAAAGCAGGUGCCACACAGCAAUGUGACAGUGCUGUCCAGGACAGCGCAGCCAGACAUCUGUUUCACAAUGUAAAUGAAGAACGCCUGAAGAGCAUAAAAACUUUUGCAACCUUUAUUUCCUUAUUGGACAACUAUGAGACAUCGACCGGUAUAGCAGAAGUAGUGACUCCAGAAGAAAUAGUUGAAAACAAUUGUUUUCUUGAUGCUAUCUUAGCGACAGAAGUCAUGAAACUAGCUCAUGAAUAUCUGCUUAAAAAAAAACUGGCAAAGCCAAACCUUGCCGAUUUCAAAUAUCAGCUCUAUGACAUCUGGUUCCAGCUCUAUGCCAGGAAAGGAGGAGACAGACCCGAUUCUUGCGGUUUUGAACAUGUUUUUGUUGGAGAAACAAGGCGUGGUAAACAGAUCUUAGGUUUGCACAACUGGGUGCAAUUUUACCUUCAGGAAAAGCGCAACCAAAUUGACUACAAGGGAUAUGUUACUCGGAAGAACAAAACCAGGCCUGACAAUGAUGACCAGGUUUUGAGCAUCCAGUUCAGCUGGAAGGGCUUGGUCAAGCCAAUUGGAAGCACCUUUAUUGGUGUCAGCCCAGAGUUUGAAUUUGCCCUUUACACCGUCAUUUUCCUGCUAGCUGAAGAACAAGUCACACGUGAAACAGUGAAGAUAGAGGAGUAUGAGCUACAGAUGGUUGUUUGCCGCCAUGGGCACCACAUUGGAACAGCAUAUCCAGUACUCCUCAGCACCAGUAGUGAAGACUAG